GGUUGAUCAUCAAUUACGCUAAGCCUGCAUCCUUCCUUUGUUUCUAGUACAUGCUCUUUUACUUCAUGCUCUCCAUCAAAACGUUCCUUUGUUUUAAACUAUGGUUAGGAUGAGAUGGAAUUAGAUAGACAAUCUUCACUACCACCUCCUUCUCAUAUUCAAUCUCAAGGCCUUAUCAUCACUGCUGCUAGUCUUCUAUUCUUAUUCUUCGGUCUAUUCUGCCUGUUGGGUGGAGUGGAGAGUUUAUUCAACUACAACACAUCCAACGAGGAAGCAAUCUAUCUGGCUUGGCCAUUUUCACUUUUCUACUUCUGGCCUCUAGUGAUUCCAUUGGGUACCUACUUCACUAUCGCUCGCUGGACAGGAUACAAGCACUUUCGACAUGCAUAAAAAGGUAUAAUCAUACAAUAUGAAUGUAAUCGUUUACGGAACCUCUUGUCUGCCAACAUUGGCAUCGACGACAUCAUUGCGUUAUCUUUGCUCGGCAAAGGACAUUAAAUCCCGCUCUAUCAUGAGCAGUAGCAAAGUACAGCAGCAGCAGCAACUACAGACAAACGGUAAUAGUACGACAAAUGAUGCACCAAUUGCCCCAUCUAACUCUGUUCAAUCAACUCAAGAUUCAGGAAAUUCAGAUUCUGUGGACAUUACAGAGUUGCAAAACAUAGAUCUAAAUCAGUUGCUUUCCUCAGCAAGCGGUUCAUUCAAAAAUUCAAUCAAGACGAAGCGAUCCUUGAGAGAAAAGAAAGCGUCCCGCAAAGCUGUCAGACGAUUGCGCCUUUUACAGAUACGGGCAUCCGAAUCUACAAGUAAAAGUGAACAAGAGAAAACUUUGGCAUCAGCUUCAAAAAUCUUAAAUGAAUUGCUGACAUCGAAAAAUGAGCAAAGAAAAAGACCGUCUUCUACAAACAAUUCGUCAAACAAUAAUCAGCCUUCGCCGGAUGAUACGAAUGAAUGGAGAAGAGCAAUGCUUAGACUCUUUUCCAUCUUUCGCAAUGGCAGUUCGAAUGAAUUUUCGCUGGAUUAUAGGGCCGGUCAUGCAAAAGAACGAUUCACGUUUGAGCACACAGAUUCAAGAUAUACCCAAAAGAGUGAUAAUUCUUCUACUGCUACACAGGGGAACGAGGACAGCUUCUUUAACCCCAAUCUUAGUAAGCCUGCAACCAGCGAUAGGAUUACAAGAGCUUUAUUGAAUGCUCACGUUACCGAACAAGCACGUCAAUCACAGCCAGAGACGUCUUCAGACGAGAAGACUUCAGUCGGAAUCAAGUCUGUCCCCGGUUCAGCAAAUGCAGGAUUUAUUUCCAUGUUCUCGUUUGAGAAAACGGAGAUGCGGUACCCACCAGCAGAUAGAUAUCCUCCGCCUAUACCGAUGAUACGUGAUAUAAACAUAGAAAUAGCAGCUACAGCUUUUGGUCUCAAUCGAGGCUGUGACGUUCAUUGGGUACAAGGAAAGAGCAACGAUCACAGUGAUGGAGUAGAAGCUGGAGGAGCAUGGCGAAAGAUUAUGCAUGGCCCUGAGUAUUUCGUCCAACAUAUGCAUUCAGAUCGUAUGGAUAGCGGUCAAGGAUUGGAGUAUCUUGGUGAUUCUGUUGUAAAUUUGGUGUCGCGAUCGCUCAUCCUUGAAAGAUUUCCGCGUAGGUCGAUGGCAUUGUAUAAUUUGGCUGUUAGUUGGCUUGUUUCGAAUGAUGUAUUCGGACACAUUUACGUCGAUGCAGGUUUGGCUGAAGAAAGGCAAUUUAUCGCAGAUGUUCUAAUGCAACAAAGCAAACAACAUCAACUCGAACAAAUGCGACCAAUCUUGACGACUGAACAAUUUCAAUUACGCAAAAAUGCUCCUUUACCUGCAUUACAAUUACCUGUCAUUCAUCAUCUGAAACAAGCAGAUUUAUUCGAAGCGUACGUUGGUGCUGUUUAUCUAACAUUUGGAUUUCGCAAAGCCUCCGAAUGGUGUUCGGGUUUAUUCGAACCUUGGCUUGAUCGCAUCGCACGAACGAGGGAUUUCUUGAUUCCAAAGCAUUUCUCUCAAGCUGGUGAAGUACAAGCACGGAUUGAAGAACGGAUACGUGAAGAACUUAGAAAGGAGUACGAACAACAAUAUCAACAAAGCAAGCAAGAUGGAAUCUUCGCUUCUGCUGGUAAUUGGUUCCGGUCUACUUUUGGUCCAAAUAAGGGAAAUUCUAAUUGAUGAUGCAAUCAAUCUUUGCUAUGUAUUCUAUUCAUUCUUCAUAAGCAGCAAUAGAAAG